AUGCGUAUAAGUUUGUUUCUCGCAACGGCGCUAGCCGCUCUCGUAACCGCAGAUGAAACCACCAGAAUCAACUAUUUCGGGGGCGGAAUGGAGUGGGUUCGUCAACUGAACCUCCACCCAUGGACCAGCACAGCUGCCAGCGUCGCUGGGAUCAAUGCCGUCGCUACCACCUACAGAAUCGGAUGUCUGAGCGAUGCGCCGAAGUCUGAUUGCGAGAUCGCUACACCCUGGACCAUGAUCCAGGGCCCCAAAACCUACAGUCUCACGGGUGUCUAUACCGUGUCAGGCUCAGGAUCGAUCAAUGCUGUGACUGGAACCCACAACUUCGAUUGUACUUUUGCCAAGGUUACCGAGUCUCCUUCUUGUUCGUUUAGCGUGAAAGUCACCGGCACCACUGCAGGCGUUUCCUAUUCAACUUCCACCUCUACCUCCAUCAAAAAUAUGCCAACGCAGUCCUACACCUCCUACGGGAUCGAUGUCACGGCCGGAACAGCUUUAUUCACUGCCAGUCAGGCAACUAAGACUCCCAAUGGGGCAGCCGCCAUGAUUACUGCUGCGCCAAUGGGGGCAGCCGCCGUCGUGGCAAUUGCUGCUAUGCUUUAG